AUGAAGGAGAUAAUCUUCUUGCUGCUCCUAUUGCACUUAGAGAGUGGCAGCAUUGGAUUUAAAACUCCAGAAAAGCUCUGGCCCACAGGUCAGGGUAGUGAAACCUGGACAAGUCACUCAGACUUGACUUCAUCUCUGGACACAAUUGUGCAGCCGCCCCAUUCUGAGAUCCAAGCUGCUGAAGUGAGUGCCUCACAGGGACCUCCUUUUGCAUCUUCAGGCAAGACUCUGGGAAUUAAAGUGACAAAAACCUCUAAUCCUACAACCUCUAUCCCUGCAAGCCAGUCAAAUGGACACAGUAAUGGUGACUCUGAUGAAGAUAAGAUGGGAAGUUCACCUAGCAGCAAAGGGACAUCUCUCCAGAACAAUGCUACAGAUGUCCCUCUCAAGCAAGAGGCCACUACAAGCCAGGAUACAGUUACAGGGAACAGAUCUCUCAAACAGUCAUCCCACAGCACUGAUAUUACCAGCACCCAGCCGGAUGCCAAUCCCAAAACAUCUGACUUUGAAACUACCAGGGGAAAAAACUGGUGUGCUUAUGUCCAUACCAGACUCUUACCUACAGUGGUAGUCGACAACCUGGAAACCUUCUCAUCAGGCAGAGCGAAGCCUUGCACUUGGCAUAUUGGAUCCUGUGCUCAGAGGUCACAGACCACAACACACCAAGCCUAUAGAAUCAAACACAAAGUAGUAACAUCACUGGAGUGGAAGUGCUGUCCUGGGUACAGUGGGCAAAACUGCCAAUCCAAAGCUAAAGAACAACAAUUAAUUAUACACAGCAACCAGGCUGAAAGCAGCAGAACUGUCAGUGAGAGGAUACCAGGAGCUCAUCAAGACCUCAUUGGCCCAGCACUUACACAAAAAAUGAGUGAGAAGAUUAGUAGCCAGGAGAUGAAACUGACGUUUCUAGAGAAGAAGGUUGACAGCAUUACUGCUGCAAUGAAUGAUGUGAGCAAGAAGGUUUCUUCUCUGGAAGGCAAAAUCAAUGGAGAUAAGGGCAGAGACUUCCAGUCUUUUCUAAAAGGUCUCAAAUCCAGAAGUAUUAAUGAAUUAGUCAGAGACAUUGUCAGACAAGAGUUAAAAGUACUUCAAGGUGAAAUGCAAGAGAGCACAGCUCAAGCUUUCAAGACUGUGUCUAGUUUGUCAGAUGAUCUUGAAAAUACAAAAGAUUUAGUCAAGCAUCUAAAUGAAACCCAACAAAAAUUUUCUCAGGAGAAAGAUAAUGGACCAACAAAGCUUGACAUUCUUGAGCUAAAAAGUCAUAUAGUGCAGAUGAAGGAGGAAAUGACCAUCGCUUGUCACAAGCCUAUGAAAGCUUUACAGGAAAAACAGAAAUUCUUGGAAGAUAACUUAGAGCAUCAACAGUCAAGAAGUGUAAUUUAUUAUGAAUCUUUAAAUAAGACACUUACUGAAAUGAAAGAUGCUCAUCAACAACUGUUAUCAGCUGAACAGUCUCCAAGCCAAAACCUCCCUUCAGCAGGUAAAGUCACAGAGUACAAUGUUACAGAGUACAUGUUCACACUGCAUGAGAAAGUAAAGAAACAAGGCAUGAUGGUACUGCAAAUCUAUGAUGACUUAAGAGUCCAGGAUAGCAAGAUCAGCAAUCUCAGUGUUGCAAUGGAAAUUCAGAGAGACUCUAUUCUGGGAGUCUGUGAUGACAUGUUGUCAGAGAGCAGAAGGGAUUUCCAAACACAACUGUCAGCAACCCAACAGAAUAUGCUUGUCCUAAACAAAAGUCUCUCUGACCUGCUCCUUCCAUUGGACAGUAAGAUGGACAAAAUGAAUGAGCAAAUUAAUGAUUUGUGCUAUGAUAUGGAGAUCCUGCAACCCUUGAUUGAACAAGGGGUACCUUUUAGUCUGACCUCAGAGUAUGAACAACAAGUUCAAGCUGAAGCAAUCAAUGAGAAGCUUGAAAACCUCACGACUGUCAUUAACAGAAUGAGUUCUGCAAUUAAGGAGCUUUCCAAAACUCAGGAGGAACUUAAAAAUGAAUCUCAGGCUUAUCAGGAGUGGUUUGAGAGUCGUGUUAAUGAAUGUUCAAUGGAAAUAGAAGAUGGAUUGAACAAGACCAUGAUAAUAAUUAACAGUGCUAUUGAUUCUAUUUAUGAUAACUAUGUUCUAAAAGAUACAUUACAUGAUCAGAGAAAAGAGACUGAAGUUUGCUGUGGCAGAGCUGAACAACUGGACAGCCUCCUAGCUUUCAUUCCUCAGUUCAAACAGUUGAAUGAGUCCCUCCACACGCUGCUCAUUGGCAAGAAGUAUGAAUUCACUUCACAAGUAUCUCCAUCCUUUUCUGAGAUUCCAUAUGAGGAGUCUGAAAAAAGUAUCCUUCACAAUUUCAGAAGAUUUUUCUAUAUUUUAAAUGUAACGUCAUCAAAAGUGGACAAUCAACAACAAGUUAUCAGCCACCUGGAAGAAAAACUAUUUGACUCUGUGGAGGAAUCAAAGGAACAUGAGGUUCGCCUUCUGAGUGUGGAGUCAAAAAUUUCCAAGUUUUUGGCAAACAACUGUGUCUCACUGAAAAAAACCAAAGCUGCCUCGGCAGAGAAAGAACAAGUGGUCUCGAUUCAGCUCCAGACACUGAGUUCCAGGAUCAAGGCCCUGGAAGCCAAGUCAAUCCGCUUCUCCAAUAGCAUUCCACUUCUGAACAAGACUGCCCAUGAGGCCUGGGAGCUGUGUCAGGAUACCAACAGCAGGAUCCAGAAGGUGAAUACAAGUAUACCUGUGCUAAUUAAACUUGCUCAGCCAGAUAUCCCCCUGCUGCAGAGGGGCCUCAAAGAGCUCAUUGAAUCUCUACUUGAAAUAAAAGCAGGAACUAUCUUGACAAAUCUAACCCAGCAUGUUGAUGUAUCAGUGGCCAGUGCAAUGAACAACAUGACUAAACUUCAGAAACAGGUGAAACCAAUUAUCAAGAAACCAGCUCCAGUGAAAAAAGGGACAGCAAACGUUACCAUGAGCCUGGCAAGCCGAAGUCAGAGAAACACAGAUAACACUGUAGAUUCAGGACAGUAUUCCGCUUGUGUCAGUUCCCCAUGCCAGAAUGGAGGAACCUGCAUCAAUGACAGACAGAGUUUUAUUUGUGCUUGUCGCCACCCCUUUGGAGGAGUCAACUGCAGCACAAAGCUGGUGAAUGACAAUUCUCUGAGUGCUGAUUUUUCAAAGGGAUCAUACAGAUACGCACCUAUGGUGGCUUUUUUUUCAUCUCAUACAUAUGGAAUGACCAAUCCAGGACCCAUCAGAUUCAACAAUCUGGAUGUCAACUAUGGAGCUUCAUUUGCCCCAGCAACUGGGAAGUUCCAUGUUCCGUACCUGGGUGUCUAUGUUUUUGAAUAUACCAUUGAAUCCUUUAGUCCACGUGCCUCUGGCUAUCUGGUCGUUGAUGGAAUAGACAAACUCAGUUUUCAGGCUGAAAACCUGAAUAGUAACAAGUACACAGACAGAGUAAUUACUGGAAAUGCUUUAUUAGAGUUAAAUUAUGGUCAAGAAGUCUGGCUCAGAUUGGCAGUUGGCUCUAUACCAGCCAAGUAUCCACCAGUAACUACAUUUAGUGGUUACUUGUUGUAUCGUACCUAA